GAAAUCCAGGACACUGAACACAAGAAGCAGAUACCAAUCCUGAAACAGGACUUUGAGCAGCACCACGAAGGAUAUCAAUUCAGUUACGAGACGGGCAAUGGGAUUUCCCGGCAGGAGCAGGGAUACAUUAAGAACAAGGGUGACAAGAAGCACGAGACUUUAGUGCAGCAAGGAUCCAUCACUUACCAUGAUGAGCAUGGUCAUCCAAUCACUCUCACCUACAUCGCCGACGAACACGGUUUCCAACCACAAGGAUCUCAUCUGCCGACUCCACCUCCAAUUCCAGCUGAAAUCGCCAAAGCUCUUGAGGAAAAAGCCCAUCAAUCCUACCAGCAACCGUCGCAAGAUGACUACCAACAUCAAUAUGAGCAUUACUAA